AUUUCCCCUCCUCUCAGGUGGCCAGGAUAUUUUUUUUCUUGGCCUCUCUCUCCUGCCAUCUUCACAUUGACCCAAAAUGUAGUGCAUCCCCUGGAAAAGCUAUACCUCCCCCGUAUCAGCUUCCAACUUAGUACAUCCCUCCUCUCAUCCUCACCAAUGUUUUCACUGCUGCUCUGAUCAUCAGCAAGAAAACCAAUCCCACUGUUCUAUCAGCUUCUUCUCCCCCUGAGAUGGCUUCUGCAAACAACUGGCUGGGCUUCUCGCUCUCCGGCCAAGAGAAUCCGCAGCCUCACCAGGAUAGCUCGCCUCCGGCAGCCAUCGACGUCUCCGGCGCCGGCGACUUCUAUGGCCUGCCGACGUCGCAGCCGACGGCGGCCGACGCGCACCUCGGCGUGGCGGGGCAUCAUCACAACGCCUCGUAUGGCAUCAUGGAGGCCUUCAAUAGGGGAGCUCAAGAGGCACAAGAUUGGAACAUGAGGGGGCUGGACUACAACGGCGGCGCCUCGGAGCUGUCGAUGCUCGUCGGCUCCAGCGGCGGCAAGAGGGCGGCGGCGGUGGAGGAGACCGAGCCGAAGCUGGAGGACUUCCUCGGCGGCAACUCGUUCGUCUCCGAGCAAGAUCAUCACGCGGCGGGGGGCUUCCUCUUCUCCGGCGUCCCGAUGGCCAGCAGCACCAACAGCAACAGCGGGAGCAACACUAUGGAGCUCUCCAUGAUCAAGACCUGGCUCCGGAACAACGGCCAGGUGCCCGCCGGCCACCAGCCGCAGCAGCAGCAGCCGGCGGCCGCGGCCGCCGCCGCGCAGCAGCAGGCGCACGAGGCGGCGGAGAUGAGCACCGACGCGAGCGCGAGCAGCUUCGGGUGCUCCUCCGACGCGAUGGGGAGGAGUAACAACGGCGGCGCGGUCUCGGCGGCGGCCGGCGGGACGAGCUCGCAGAGCCUGGCGCUCUCGAUGAGCACGGGCUCGCACUCGCACCUGCCUAUCGUCGUCGCCGGCGGCGGGAACGCCAGCGGCGGAGCGGCCGAGAGCACAUCGUCGGAGAACAAGCGGGCCAGCGGCGCCAUGGAUUCGCCGGGCGGUGGCGCGAUAGAGGCCGUGCCGAGGAAGUCCAUCGACACGUUCGGGCAAAGGACCUCGAUAUAUCGAGGUGUAACAAGGCAUAGAUGGACAGGGCGAUAUGAGGCUCAUCUCUGGGAUAAUAGCUGUAGAAGAGAAGGGCAGAGUCGCAAGGGUAGGCAAGUUUAUCUUGGUGGCUAUGACAAGGAGGAUAAAGCAGCGAGAGCUUAUGAUUUGGCAGCUCUGAAGUAUUGGGGCACAACAACAACAACAAAUUUCCCAAUAAGUAACUAUGAAAAAGAGCUAGAUGAAAUGAAACAUAUGACCAGGCAGGAGUAUAUUGCAUACCUAAGAAGGAAUAGCAGUGGAUUUUCUCGUGGUGCAUCGAAAUAUCGUGGUGUAACCAGGCACCAUCAGCAUGGGAGAUGGCAAGCAAGGAUAGGGAGGGUUGCAGGAAACAAGGACCUCUACUUAGGCACCUUCAGCACCGAGGAGGAGGCGGCGGAGGCGUACGACAUCGCGGCGAUCAAGUUCCGGGGGCUCAACGCCGUCACCAACUUUGACAUGAGCCGCUACGACGUCAAGAGCAUCCUGGAGAGCAGCACGCUGCCGGUGGGCGGCGCGGCGAGGCGGCUGAAGGAGGCGGCGGACCACGCGGAGGCGGCCGGCGCCACCAUCUGGCGCGCCGCCGACAUGGACGGCGCCGGCGUCAUCUCCGGCCUGGCCGACGUCGGGAUGGGCGCCUACGCCGCCUCGUACCACCACCACCACCACCACGGCUGGCCGACCAUCGCGUUCCAGCAGCCGCCGCCGCUCGCCGUGCACUACCCGUACGGCCAGGCGCCGGCGGCGCCGUCGCGCGGGUGGUGCAAGCCCGAGCAGGACGCCGCCGUCGCUGCCGCCGCGCACAGCCUCCAGGACCUCCAGCAGCUGCACCUCGGCAGCGCCGCCGCCCACAACUUCUUCCAGGCGUCGUCGAGCUCGACGGUCUACAACGGCGGCGGCGGCGGGUACCAGGGCCUCGGUGGCAACGCCUUCUUGAUGCCGGCGAGCACCGUCGUGGCCGACCAGGGGCACAGCAGCACGGCCACCAACCAUGGAAACACCUGCAGCUACGGCAACGAGGAGCAGGGGAAGCUCAUCGGGUACGACGCCAUGGCGAUGGCGAGCGGCGCCGCCGGCGGCGGGUACCAGCUGUCGCAGGGCUCGGCGUCGACGGUGAGCAUCGCGAGGGCGAACGGCUACUCGGCCAACUGGAGCUCGCCUUUCAAUGGCGCCAUGGGAUGAUCGAUGAAGAGGAGCAACAGGAGCUAGUAUAGCUAAUUAGGGGAUCGAUCGAUUAAUUAAGCUAGAUCAAGUCAAGUUUAGGUUAGACGAAUCUUGAUCACGGUUGUGUUGCAACUCGUUUGGUCGUUGAUCAGGUUUUGCUUGACUGGGUGUGAGUGACACACACGCAAGGUGCUGCCUUCCGGAAGCUGGGUAAUGGCAGGUAAGGGUAUAAGCUAGUAAAGUUUGUGUUGUAACUUCUAAGUUAAUAUCCUUGCUUGCUGUUAGUUUUGGGUAUAGUUUCAGAAGGAUCAUGCCAAUCCUCAGAGGAGAUACACACUAAUUAAUCUCGUGCAAUGACAAUAACUCCAUCAUAAUAUCUUGGCGCUCAUACUUUA